CAAAUAGUACUUAAUUAAGGUACCAAGUACUAAAAAAUAUGUGCAUAUUAUAUGCAGUAAUUAAAUCAAAUAUGACAUAAAAUGAGAACCGGUUUGACGUGCACGUAUGAUGUAGAGCAUCAUAUUGCGUACAUGAACCAAUUGAUACAACAUGCAAAUAUCCUUAUUCUUUACUUUCCAUGCAGAACACCUAAAAUUCUUCUGCUUACCUUCUCUUCUCGGCUACCAUCCUCACUACAUAAACACCGCAACAGACUCCAAUUUUCAAAAUCACAUCCAAAACCCUCUCGCAUCCUUCUCUGUCAGAAAAAAAAAAAAAAAAAAAAUGUUCAAGUCCUCCACCCGAAUACCCAUAAAAAGUCCCACGGAUCCCGGACCCAUUAAGCGCCACCACACGGCCGGCUACUAUGCCCACCGGGUCAGGGACAGCCUCACCACCCAGGUCUCCAAGAUCGUAUGCACCAUUUUCUUGGGACUUCUUUUUAUUAUUGGUUUGAUUACUUUUAUACUGUGGCUUAGCCUGCGUCCACACCGCCCAAGAUUUCAUAUUCAUGAAUUUUCGGUUCCGGGUUUGAGCCAAGAUACUGGGUUUGCGAACGCUCAGAUUUCGUUUAAUGCCUCGGCCCGGAACUCGAACCACGAUAUUGGGAUAUACUAUGAUGCCAUGGACGGGGCGGUUUAUUACCGGGACCAACAGAUCGGGUCGCUUCCGGGGCUGCUGUACCCGUUUUAUCAGGAUCCGAAGAACACAACCUUGGUUGAAGGUGUGUUUAGUGGGGCCACUCUAACUGUGAGUAGCGAGCGUUGGAUGGAGUUCCAGAAUGAUCGAGCACAUGGAACGGUGGUAUUUCGUCUUGAAAUGACGUCCAGGAUCAGAUUUAAGAUAUCCACGUGGACGAGUAAGGGCCACCGGAUGCAUGCCAACUGUGAAGUGAGUGUGGGCUCGGACGGCUCGAUCUUGCCCGCUUCUAAAGAUAAGAGAUGCCCUGUCUAUUUCGCCUGACCUGGACCACCAUAUGUUUUUACUUCUUUUUCUUUUUCUUUUAUUUUUAUUAUUUUUAUUUUGUUAUUGGGCCUAAACUUGCUGUGCAACUUCGACGGGGUGAUUUGCUUCAUUUGUUGUAUUUUCGAAUUUGGUGCUGACAACGAUUCGAUUUGUGGUAUCAGUGCCGUCCCAUUAAAUUUUAACUUCUGUUGAUAAAGUUUAGAAAUAUUUUACUUUUGUAGAUUAUGAUUACUUUUUUUCUUUUGAAUGUAAAUACUUUUUAUUGAAAUUAUAAAGGUUGAAUGAUAAUAACCCCAAAAAAAAAAAGUUAAAA